AUGGCAGGUUGCCUCCCGAAUUCGGACGCGGCCUUGUUGUCAGAGGAGGAACACGGGUUCCUUCAGCGGAGUGCUCGGAACGUGACGCUAACCCGUGUCGUCGGCAAGGUGACGAAGGCAGUGCUCUCUGAUGGUGGGUUGAUCAAAGCAAGGCAAAUAGAAGAGGCGGAAUCGAGUCUAGAGGCGACGGAGAUAAUCAGAAGUACAAAUUCUACGGUGACACCGACGAACACCCACUUGACACCGUCACGUCCGAUUGCUUUCGCUCCCUCGGCUGAAGUCGCGAAUGCGAGAAAAAAAAAGACAGCCAAUGCCGACGACGCACCGCAAGAAGUGGAUGCCCCGGCCAAAAAGAAGCAGACGCCGGCGUCGUUGACGCCGAAGGCUUCUUUCACCGCCGAAUUUGGUGGCCGCCGGUGA